AUGGAUAGAACACAAGAAGAAAUGAAAGCUCUCGGUGUGUUCGGCAUAUACAGAGAAGGCCACAAGGUCAUGGCUCCGUACCGAAAAAUCUUCAACCAAAUCACUCUAGCCUUCGUCCUCCCACUCACCGUCAUUUACCUAGCGGAAAUGGAGAUCUCUGAUCUCCUGUUUCCGCGACAAAGAUACAAUUAUAUCUACGGUGGUAGAGACACCACCUCACUCAAAGACUGGACUCUCUACAUUCUUUUCGAGCUCGGAUACUACACUUCCUUUCUCAUCUUUUCCCUGCUCUCCACUUCUGCUGUGGUCUACUCCAUUGCCUGCAUUUACGCGAACCGCAGCCUCUCUAGCUUCGGCAAAGUCAUCAGCAUUGUGCCGAAAGUCUGGAAGCGCCUCAUGAUCACAUUCAUUGUUACUUAUGCCUUCACUUUCGUCUACUUGGUAGUCGUUAUUGUAACCCUGUAUCUUUGCUUGGCUAACAGCGGAACCGUUCCUGCGUUGCUGUCCUUGAUUCUACUACUUGUAUACGCUAUAGGGAUCGUGUACCUGACAAUUGUGUGGCAGCUGGCUAGUAUUGUGACGGUAUUAGAAGAUUCCAGCGGAGUCAAAGCGAUGAAGAAGAGCAGGAAGUUGAUCAGGGGGAAGUUCUGGGUGGCUCUGGCUGUUUUUGUGGGACUGGAUAUUCCUGUUGCGGUGAUACAGUUUGUGUUCUAUACGUUUGUUGUAUAUGGGGAUUUCUGGGAGAUGUGGAAGAGGGUUCUUGUGGGAAUGGCGUGCCUGGUUCUGCUUGUGCCCAUAUUUCUGUAUCAGCUUGUUGUUCAGACCAUCAUCUACUUCGUCUGCAAGUCGUAUCAUAAUGAGAGCAUCGAUAAGCCUGCCAUGUCGAAUCAUCUCGGAGGGUAUGAGCGUUUGUAUGGCCCGAAUGAGGUGCAGAUGGAACAAGUUUAA